UCUCCAAGAUGGCGGCGACCAUAGACAACAGCAAUGCCGUUCAGGCGACAAAGAGAAAGCACCUGGGGAUCCCCGAAGCUGUGUUCGUGGAGGAUGUCGACUCUUUUCUGAAGCAGCCGGGCAACGAGACGGCCGACUCGGCUCUGAGGAAGCUGGACGAGCAGUACCAGAAAUAUAAAUACAUGGAGCUCAACCUGUCCCAGAAGAAACUCAGGUUGAAAAGUCAGAUUCCACAAAUCACACAGACGCUAGAAAUCCUCCGACACAUGCAGAAGAAGAAGGAGAGCACGGCGCCCAUGCAGACGCACUUCAUGUUGGCCGACAACGUUUACUGCAAGGCGUCGGUGCCGCCCACCGACAAAGUCUGCCUCUGGCUGGGGGCCAACGUGAUGUUGGAGUACGACAUCGAUGAGGCCCAGGCGCUCCUGGAGAAGAACCUGUCCACGGCGUCCCGUAACCUGGAGACGCUCGAGGACGACCUGGACUUCCUGCGCGACCAGUUCACCACCACCGAAGUCAACAUGGCACGAGUCUACAACUGGGACGUGAAGAGACGGGGCAAAGAGAACAUCCUCAAGUUAGGAGACAAGUCUUAAUAUCAACACACACGCACACACACACACACACACACACACACACACACACCAUCUUCUCGUCCAUCCAAUAAUAAAACCAGCCCAGGUCCUGCGUGUGUUUCACCCUCCAGAUGUACGAGGGCGUUCGAUUUUAUCUCCUCGUGGUGAUUAAAUCAGACGCACUUCCACCGCUCUUGUUUUGUUUUCUUCUGUUUUGUUAAAAGUAUUUUUUCAAGUAAAAACUCACCGAACUUAAAGCAACGAGGCCGUUUGUUCUGUUUUCAAUGAUUCGCCAGAUUCCCUCUUCCUCUUCCUCUUCCUCCUCCUCCUCCUCUUCGCAGCUGUUCUGUCUGUAUUUAUUUGUCUCUCACUGUAUUCAUUAAACAACGAAUGAAGCAAAGAG